UUUGUGGGUAGCAGUGACAUAUAGAGGUGCACAAAAGAAACCGGUUUUUCUUAAGUAAAAAAAUCCUAUAUCCGAUCCAAAAUCGGUUUUUAGGAAGUUCAGGUAAGAAACUUGUAUGGAUUUAUUUUACCUGUUGGAUACGGGUCAAGUUUUCAAAAAAAAAAAAAAACCUGUGAAUCCAUUUGCAUGAUCGCCUUUUAGAGUUUCGUAGCCUUUUAAGUCUUGCCCAAAAUUUGCCAAUAUUUCCAAAUCUUUUAUUUUUUUCGUUAAUUCGUUGGAUUCUUUGCUUUUAUUUCCAUGCUUUUAAUUUCUCUUCAACUUAUUGUUAUCCAUACAUAUAAAAGGUAACAAUAAAGUCUUUGAAGCUUUAGUAGCAUAACAAAAUUAAUUAUAAAUCUUGCCAUUUACAAAUUGUCUUCCACCUCUCCUUCCGGUUCCGACAACAAUGGCCGACAGCAUCAACGCCGCCGUUCAAGUUACCAACGGAACCACAUCAAACAACGGCGGUGAGAUGAUACAUCCUCCGCCUAUUAUUUCAUCUUAUAACGACAAGAUACGCCCCAUUCUUGAUGCUGUCGACAGUCUCCGUCGACUUAAAGUCACACAAGAAGGCAUCGCUCUCCCCACCAUCGUGGUCGUCGGAGACCAGUCCUCCGGCAAGUCCAGCGUUCUAGAGUCACUUGCCGGCAUAAGUUUGCCUCGUGGACAAAACAUCCGCACAAGGGUACCACUUAUUAUGAGGCUUCAAAACCAUUCAGAUCCUUUGCCUGAACUCCUACUUGAGUAUCAGAAAAAAUCCGUUAAGAUCAUGGAAGAAAACCACAUAUCAAAUGCCAUUGAUAAGGCUACAGUGGAGAUAGCCGGAAACAACAAAGGGAUAUCAAAUGUUCCAUUAACUUUGGUUGUCAAGAAGAAAGGUGUUCCGAAUCUCACCAUGAUUGAUUUGCCAGGAAUUACAAGAGUUGCCAUCGGUGAUCAACCCGAAAACAUUUACGAACAAAUAACAGAUAUGAUUAUGGAGCACAUAAAGCCAGAAGAAAGCAUUAUUUUGAAUGUUCUUUCAGCAAGUGUUGAUUUCGCGACAUGUGAAUAUAUUUGCAUGUCACGACGUGUGGACAUCAAUGGACAACGAACACUAGCUGUAGUAACCAAAUCCGAUCUUUCCCCAGAUGGCUUACUUGAGAAAGUUACAUCAAAUGAUGUGAACAUCGGAAUUGGCUAUAUCUGUGUUAGAAACCGGAUCAAAGAUGAAACCUAUGAAGAAGCUCGAAUCCAAGAAGAAAAGCUCUUUGAAACUCAUCCCUUGUUGUCCAACAUUGAUAAAUCGAUGGUUGGUGUUCCUGUAUUGGCCUGUAGACUUGUUGAGAUUCAAUCAAUGAUCAUAUCGAAAUGUUUUCCGGAUAUUGUAAAGAAGAUCAAUGAGAAGCUAUUAGCUUCUGUUUUGGAGCUCAACAAAUUACCCCGGGUUCUUAGCAGCAUUGCGGAUGCAAUGAUUGCUUUUAUGCAAAUCGUUGGGUCCCUCAAGGACACUUUUCAAACGAUUAUGAUCCAUGGUGAGUUUGAGUAUUUGGAUGAUAAAGAAAUGAUUUGCAGUGCUCGAUUGGUUGAAAUGUUGGAUGAAUUUUCAAAAGAACUCCAUAAGAGCGUCAUAUUUCGUGGAAACUUUCUAGUUGAGGAGAUACAGGUUUUAAAGGAAGCCAAUGGGAUGCGGUUGCCUUCUUUUCUUACACAUUCUAUGUUUAUGUGCUUACUUAAGAGAAAACUGAAUAGUAUAUCAGAUUUACCAGUUAGUUUUGUAAACAAAGUAUGGGGCUAUCUUGAAACUGUAGUAGUUAGCGUCUUGAUUGAUCAUUGUGGGAGUUAUCCACAAAUGCUUCCUUCCAUAAAGAAAGCAUGUCUUAAUGUGAUGUUACUUAUGAAGGAGAAGUUGAUAGAAAGGGUUAUUGAAAUGAUAGAGAUGGAGAAAGUCACAGAUUACACGUGUGACCCCGAUUACAUUGCUUCUUGGAACAAGUUAAUGGGUAAGAGUCGUGAUAGGUUUUUAAAGGCUGUCACCAUUUAUGAACCUGAAUGGGAAUUAGAUGAUUUUGAUCCAGCUGAAUUUGAUAUGGAAGGUUAUGGGAAGAUUAGAGUGGAACAUCUAUUUUCUGUUCCAUCAGAUACAAGAAAUCAAGCAUUCGAUUUAACGAUGAGAGUCGCAGCUUACUGGAACAUUGUGUUGAAAAGAAUGGUGGAUUGGAUAGCUCUUGAGCUUCGUUUUGCGAUACAUAAAAUGGUGAAACAAGGAAAUGGAGAAGGAGAUAGUAAACGAGGUGAUGGUGCGUGGUGGUGGUAUGGAGAAGAUGCUGGAAGAACCAACAUCGGUGGCUGCAAAGAGGGAGAGGCUUCAAAAGAGUAUCAGUUUGCUCCAAGAAUCAAAAGAAAUAGGGAAAAUGACUUGUAAGGGUAACAAAGUAUUAUACUUGUACAAAAAAUACCAUUGAACUUUUUUUUGUGCACAUAUCACCAAUCAACUAUAGCUUUUGUACACAUAUGACCAUUAAACUUCACAUUUGUUCAAAAAAUACCAUUAUAUUACCGAUAAUAAUAGGUCAUUAGCCACAUAACAUGCCACGUGGCAUGCCAUGUGGCUGCUGACGUGGAUUUUACUGUUUAUUAUGUACACAUUAUACCAUUAAACUAUUUUUUUGUACACAUUAUACCAUUAAACUGUUUUUUGUACACAUUAUACCA